UUGACUAAGAAGAGGUUAAACAAUAUUGAAAUUCAUCCAAAGUGCUUUUUUUAAAAGCAUAUGCUUGGCUUUCAUGAAAAAAGGGGGGGGGGGAAGUUGUGGAAGAUUCAUUUGAACUACCAACCAAAAGCAUCAGAGACCGCUGAAAUGGUCUGCAUCAUAUAUCAGCACUUUCUUUUCAUCGUUAUUACGUAAAACCUCUGGUAGCACCUUGGGCGUUUUACGUUUUCUUUUCUUUGCUGCAGAAGCUAACUGCUCCUUGGAAUUCUGGCCUGCGGUGAACAGAACCCAGGCAAAGGCUGUGCUGGGGACUCUAGGACGAUCCCGCCUCCAAUCCAGCCUGGUUAAUUGUGAAAAGUAUACACAUUUCUAGCUUAUCUAUGCUUUGUUAUGGGGCCGACGUGAAACUACCUCCUCCCCACCUCACCCCCCAGCAGAGAACCCAAAUCCAAUUGAAUUGUUACAGUGUUUCGGAGCUGGAACCUUGAACUGCUUCCUUGGUCAAAAAACUUUGUUUCUGAUUGUAAAAAGGCAUUACAGGGGGGAAAAAAAAGGAAAAUCGAGAGAAAUUCAAAACGAUGCCUUGAGACACACGCAGCAUCUGGUGAAGGAUUAACAUACAUACAUGUGUAUGUAUGCGUCACGUAUAUAUUUGCUGCAAAUGGUGGGGAUCAUUUAGUGCCCGAGAUGGGAGACCUGAAGUCAGGUUUUGAAGAGGUGGAUGGCGUGAGGCUCGGCUACCUCAUCAUUAAAGGAAAGCAAAUGUUUGCCCUCUCCCAAGUCUUCACGGAUCUGCUGAAAAACAUCCCGAGGACUACCGUGCACAAGCGUAUGGAUCAUCUGAAAGUGAAAAAGCACCACUGCGAUCUGGAGGAGUUGCGGAAACUCAAGGCCAUCAACAGCAUCGCCUUCCACGCCGCCAAAUGCACGCUCAUCUCCCGGGAAGACGUGGAAGCGCUCUACACCUCCUGCAAAACUGAGCGGGUCCUCAAGACCAAGCGCAGGAGGGUCGACCGGGCCCUGACCACAAAGGCCCCGCCGCCAGAGCGCGCCGCCGCCGCCGCCAGCCCCCGCCCGGCUUUCUGGAAGGACAGGCACCAACUUUGGCGGGGCCUGAGCGGAGCCGCGCGGCCCCUGCCAAUCAGCGCACAGUCCCCGCGCCCGGGCGCCGCCGCCGCGCGCCCCGCCACCCAUCUACCUCAGAUUUUUAGCAAAUACCCGGGCUCGCACUACCCGGAAAUCGUGCGCUCGCCUUGCAAACCCCCUCUAAACUACGAAACUGCUCCGCUCCAGGGAAACUACGUCGCUUUCCACUCGGAUCCGGCUUAUUUUCGGAGCCUCCUGUGCAGCAAGCACCCGGCCGCUGCCGCCGCCGCCGCCGCCGCCGCUGCCGCCGCCGCCGCCGCCGCCGCCGCCUACUACCAGGCGUCGGCGGCCGGGCCCCAGCCCAAGGCGGCAGCGGGCGCGGGCGGCCCGGUGAGCCUGACCUACCGCUGCAAGCGCAAGCGCGGGGGCGCCAAGGACUGCUUGCUUGCGCCCCACGCCGGCGCCCGCCGCCUGCUGCUGCUGCCCAGGUCCUACAAAGCCAAGGCGGCGGCCGCGGCGGCCGCGGCGGCGGCGGCGGCGGCGGCGGCCGCCGGGGCCACUUGCCUUGAGAGGUUCCAUCUGGUUAACAGCUUCUGCCCGCCUCCCCACCACCAUCACCACCACCACCACCACCACCAUCACCAUCACCACCACCACCACCGGGCCCAGCAGCCGCCGCAGAGUCACCCUCAUCACCACCGGCAGCAGCCCCAUCCGGGCAGCUUUCCCGAGAGCUGCAGCAGCGACUCGGAGUCCAGCUCCUACUCGGACCACGCAGCCAACGACUCCGAUUUUGGCUCCAGUUUGUCCAGCUCCAGCAACUCUCUGUCCUCGGAGGAAGAGGAGGAGGAGGAAGAGGAGGAGGAGGAAGAGGAGGAGGAAGAAGAGGAGGAGGGGGGAAGUGGGGCCUCGGAUUCCAGUGAAGUCAGCUCGGAGGAGGAGGACUCGUCUUCGGAGUCGGACUCCAGCUCCGGCUCCAGCCAAGUGUCCGUGCAGAGCAUCCGUUUCAGGCGCACCAGCUUCUGCAAGCCGCCCAGCGUGCAGGCACAGGCCAGCUUCCUGUACCAUCUGGCCUCCGCCGCCGCUGCAACCAACCCCGCUGCUUUCGAGGAUGCCGGCCGACUUCCCGAUCUCAAAAGUAGUGUCAAAGCCGAGUCGCCGGAGGAGUGGACUCUGCAGAGCUGGGCCCCCAAAGCGUCUCCGGUGUACUGCCCGGCCAGCCUGGGGACUUGUUUCACAGAGAUAAGGAACGAUAGGGUAUCUGCGAUUACAUUCCCACAUUCUGAAAUUUCCAGUACUGUAAAGAGAACUGACCUGACACUUAACUGCCUGGCGGAGGGGGCCUCUUCACCUAGCCCAAAGACAAACAAUGCAUUUCCACAACAAAGAAUACUCCGAGAGGCUAAGAAAUGCCUGCAAGCAACUCCUACUACACCCGGUGCAGAUAACAACACAAUAGCUGCUAGGUUCUUCAAUCAGGAUUCUUUACGAGCAGCAGCAAAUUCUGAGAAAGAUUCCAAAAUCCCCCCUUGUAUAGAAUUUGCUACGGAUUUGCCCUCUUUGCAGACUGACCCUGGGGUGGAAGUGGCAGCAGCAACGAAAGCGGAGAGUCCCUGCACUGACACAGGCGACAAGACACUGCCCUUUCUGCACAAUAUUAAAAUCAAAGUCGAAGACAGUAGUGCUAAUGAAGAAUAUGAACCUGACCUUAUUAUAAAUAAGCUAAAGUGCGAGUGCAAUGAUACAAAGGGUGAGUUUUACAGUGUGACUGGAAGUAAAGAGGAGGACACCUUGCUAACCACAGCCAAGGAAGGGUUUGCAUGCCCUGAAAAAGAAACUCCUUCCUUAAAUCCACUGGCUCCAAGUCAGGGCCUUUCAUGCACUUUAGGUUCUCCAAAACCUGAGGAUGGGGAAUAUAAAUUUGGUGCCAGGGUGAGAAAAAAUUACCGGACACUAGUUUUGGGAAAGCGACCUGUACUUCAGACACCUCCAGUCAAACCAAAUUUGAAAUCAGCUAGAAGUCCUCGUCCUACAGGUAAAAGUGAGCUACAUGAAGGAACACUGGAUGAUUUUACAGUUAUAAACAGACGCAAAAAGGUAGCCAGCAAUGUAGCAUCAGCAGUGAAAAAGCCAUUUAAUUUCAUGGCAAAUUUUCCUUGUCCACCAUCACUCACUAUUGGGAACGAUGGGGAUUUGUGGCCGGCAUAUUCCUUAAACACCACUAAGGAUUCCCAACCUCCUCACAAGGCCCAUCCUAUCUGGAAAUGGCAGCUGGGCGGUUCUGCAAUACCUCUUCCACCUAGUCACAAAUUCAGGAAAUUUAAUUCAUAAAAGUGUUUUGGAAGAUAUUUUCUUGAACCCCAUUACCUUCCUUUUGUUGUAAACUGCACAGGAUGGUUUGUACAAGUCCAUUAAUGUGUUACACCCCUUUUGGAGUCCUGGUUUAUCGCAUUUUGAAGACAGAAAUCGGAUUACUUUUUUUUUUUUAAACA